AUGUCUUUUGCAGCAAACCCCCGUGCCCCAAAACCCGACCGGGACAACAUCCCCCAAGAGCCAACAGGGCCCGUGGCGUCGGACUCGCUCGCGGCCGAAUCGCUCAAGAACCGUGGCGGGUUCACCGAAAACACCUCCGCGGCGCCGCUGGGCGUCCGGGGCGACCAAUCCACGCUCAACAACACGGACACUUCGGGGGCGACAACGUUGCCGCCUGCCGAGUCGGGGAGUGAGCGGGAAAAGAAGAAUGCCCUGGGCGCAGGGGCUGAUGAGAAGGGCGUCGCUGGAUUGAAGUACCCCGAGGCAGCGGGGCGGGCGCAGUUUGACGGCGCACACAGUGACCAGGGGGCUUAUGUCGGUGGUGGGCAAUCGAAUAGCAGCGGUGGCGGACAGGCUAGGCCAGCGGGCGCGAGUGACUUUGGUGCCUCGACGACCACCUCGUCCUCCACGCGCGGUCCUGAUGACAAGUUCAUCCGAUCCGGCGCGGACAUCGACAAUUCCGCUUCGAAGGGCAAUACCACCCAGACCAGUGGCGCCGGUGGUCCCGCCACCGGCACGGGGGUCCGUCCCCACGUCGACGCCGCCCCUGGGUACGUCUCGAGUGUGACAGGGGAUGCCGUCCCCGCGGGCACGUUUAAGCCCAAGGGCGCCAACCUCGACGACGCCGACGUCUCGCAGAGCAUACCGCAGACAAAGACCUUCACGGGCGCCAUCGGCACGGUCAACGACCCAGGCCGCCUCGCCGAGCGCGAGUUCCUCGGUCGCAACGACGACCCUAUCGGCGAGCUGGGCCAGGCUGGCGUCGAAGGAGGCCGAGCGAGGCAGCAGGGUCAGGACAGUAAAGCAGGCGAUCAGGGCCAGUAUGGUGUCCUGCAGAGCGAGCGGGCCUAA